UUUUAGGUAGUUUUUCAUGUCCCACCAGGGCUGGAAAAUACAAUGAUGCAGGACCUAACCUGCUCAGUACACUAGAAAUAGUAAAUUUUGUUGAUUCACAAGAUUUUUCUGCAGUUGAUAAUAUUGAUAUGACAAAUGUCGCAACGAACAAUGAGGAUGAAAGAACAUGUGGAGCUCAUCAAUUGCAAAAAAAUAAUCAACAAGAAUCAAGUCAAUCUCAAAAUAAUUCUCAAAAUUUAAAUGAAGACAAUCAGUUAAUAGAAGAAACAUUGAUAUUUAAUCAAAAUUUUCAAUUUGAUGAUGAUGAUGACAAUGUUGAUCCACUAACAUGGUGGAAAGAAAAUAAGGAAAAUUUUCCAAUAUCAGCAAAAUUAGCUAAAAAAUAUCUCGAAACAGAUAUUCGAAAGUGA